CAGCAGCAUCGGCCUUACGGGCGUUCCCGGCAGCCUUUUUGCUGUUCUCACCUGCUCCCUUCUUGCCAGCCAUGUUGUCUCCUUGUGAUGCUGGGUUGUUCGGUUCGGUCACGGGUCGGCAAUAUGCGCGAUAUGCGAUGCGAUGCGAUGCGAUGCGAUGCGAUGCGCGGGUUUGCAGCAGUCGUUCGUAUGCGUAUGCUGUAUGAGAGGCAGCUUGCUUCUCUGUGUGGCCGCGUGCGAGGUUCGUGGCCAGUGCCCGAGAUGUUGCAGUCGAGCAAGUGGUGCGUGUGAGAGAUGUUGUGAAACCCGAGGGGAGAUGGGAGAGGGGAGAAAACAAGUUGGACGUCGUUGCCUCCUCCGCAGACCUAUGGGCUAAAUGGAGAAUGAGUAAAGCGGAGCGGAGCGUGAGGUAAG